AUGGAAUAUCUCACGACACUUGAGCCGUCAGGAAUGUCCCUGGAUCAGUUAGAAAUAAAAAAAGGGGCGGUCUGUUCCUGGUUGUCGAUUCAUCUGCAAAAAUCACAAAAAUCAGUUGACGAUGACUCCAAGAAUAGACAGUUACUGGGACAGCCAUAUACCGCUUCGCUUAAGAAAGCGGCUCCCGUUCGCGUUGGACAAUUAUUCAAUACAGUUGGUGUCUACCUUUCUAAAAAUGUUUUCAGCAAUGGGCAGCUAUUUUUGCCUUCUCUCGAGUUUGAGCACCCACAGAACAAAAACAGAAGAGUCCUGCACGAUGCGCGAACCACUUCAACUUCAACACUAACAGUUACAGCGGAGAGGCAACUACCGUACGACUAUUCGCUUGCAUACAGAAAUCUGAGCGUCCGGCGUAAGUCGGUCGAUCAGACUGAUAUAUUGUAA